GGAAGUUUACUCAGCAGCCCAAGUGGAAGUCAGCCGACAAGAGGGGAAAGAACCGAAACACGUGAUUUUUGUGGUUGUACUUCAAUAGAUGGACCUACGUUCAGAGAAAAUACAGCGGAUACUCUUCAAGUACAAAUUCCACGAUGUUGCUGUUGAGGAGCUGCAGAAACUCAAUCGAGUCUACCCUGACAUCAUACCAUCUACAGACACAUACACAUUCACUGACAACACCCAAAAAGAUCUCCUGAAAUUAAUUGGUAACGUCCCUGUCCAGUAUGGAGGCCGGACCUACAACUUCCCCAUUCAGCUGUGGCUGCUGGACUCAUUCCCCAUCUCGCCUCCCAUAUGCCUCCUGAGACCAACCUCGAGCAUGGUCAUCAGAGAGGGCAAGCAUGUCGAUGGAACAGGACGGAUCCACCUGCCGGGCCUGCACAACUGGAAUUAUCCCACGUCAACCGUGGUGGGUCUUCUGAAAGAGAUGAUCUCCAAGUUUGAGGAGGAUCCCCCACUGUCCACAAAGACCACAGCGGAGCACAAAGACCCCCAUGAGCUCCUGACGAUGGUUUCAAAUCUACAGCUCGAUGGCGGAGGCAGACAAAAUCGACCAGUUGGCAAAGUCUCAGUUAUUGGGGGAGGAGAUUUAGGAAUGGCGUCAGUGAUGAGCAUUUUAUCAAAGUGUAAAGUGGACAAACUUGUUUUCAUUGACGUUGCUGAGAGUUCCACCAAGGGUGGCAGCACUGAUCUAGAGAUUUUCAGUCUGCCCAAGGUUGAGGUGUCCAGAGAUUUUUCAGCCUCUGCUGGCUCCGGGGUUGUCGUGGUGACUGCGAAUGCAUGGAGCGGCGAGCAGUCGUACGUGAGCGUGGUUCAGACUAAUGUGGACUUGUUCAAAAAAAUCAUCCCAAAUCUGGCACGCCUCAGCCCUAAUGCAAUAAUGCUCAUCGCUUCACAGCCAGUGGAUAUCAUGACACAUGUCGCCUGGAGGCAGAGCUGCCUGCCUCCGACGCAGGUGAUCGGAGCAGGGUGUAAUCUGGACUCAGAGCGACUUAGUCAGAUCUUGAAUAUUAACCUGAACACUCACAAACCAGCCUGGGUCAUAGGAGAAUUUUCAGACAACAAAGUUGCUGUGAUGAGUAACAUCGGGCUGAGCUCCAGUGUGAGGACAGAGAUCGCAGCAACACCCAACGUUACCAAACCAUUGUUAGACAGAGCACUUGAUAUGAUGAAGAAUCGUGGUCAGCGGUCGUGGUCUGUGGGUCUGUCCAUCGCUGACAUCACAAACAGCAUCCUGACAGAUCAGAAGAAGACCCACUCCGUUUCCACGCUGGCUCAGGGCUGGGGUGGCAUAGGAGCAGAGGUGUUCCUCAGCUUGCCGUGCAUGAUGGGCUCAAACGGUUCCACUCGCUUGGCUGGAGUGUCGCUGGGAGAGGAGGAAGACUCCAAACUGAGGGAAAGUGUGACUUCCCUCUCUAACCUCAUGAGUCAGCUCAGGAUAUGAAGGAUAUGAUUGUAGUCGAAGUUGUGGUUUAACCGAGCAGUUUAGCAGCAGCAGCUAUCAACAGCUGGACUGUAACUGUGCUGAAGUUAAAUGCAGUUUUAGUCAGCAAUUAACACUGGAGUGUUGAAGUUAUGAUCAAAAUUGCCUUCUUGUCUUAAAUAUGUAUGGUUUAAUCAAAAGAUUUGUUUCUAUAUUUUCAUUGGACACUAAAAAUGUGGGUACGUAUCAGUGUACAGAUUGCAUUUUGUAUUUGAAUGUAUCAGUUACUCAUUUUGUCUCAUACAAACUUUGCAACCUGGAACAUGUUACAUGAAUGCACUGUUAUAUUUUUAGAACGUCAUGGAAUUCUAUGCAAAAGCAUCUAAAGAAUGUCGUAGGAAUGUAUCUACACUGAGCAAAAAUGUUGACACAGCAAUUUUGGUUUUGCUCCCGUUUUGCACAGGUUGAAGUUCAAGAUCUUCAGACUUUUUUCGUGCACUCAGUAGAUAUAUUUCUCUCUAAUUUGGUCACAAAUGUGUUAAAAUCCAAGAUAAUAUAUCCACCAAGAUGAGUGUGGCAUAUCAAGACACGUGUGCCUCAUUUCACUACCAUAAGCCGUCUCCAAUGUCACUUCCCUGAAUUUGGCAGUACAUCCAACCAGCCUCACAACCUCACAAGUUGGUUACGAUAACGAAUUGCGGUCAAGCCAUGGUGAUGAGCCCCCCCUGAGACAGUUUCUGUCAGUUUGCGCAUAGAAUCUUUGGUUGUGCAAAUGAUGAUGCAAAUUUUGCAGCAGCUGUUCGAGUGGCUGGUCUCUGGCAAUCUUGCAGGGGAAGAUGCUGCAUGUGGCUACAUGUGGUCUGCGGUUGUGAGGCCAGUUGGAUGUUCUGCUAAAUUUACUCAAAGACAGCUCAUUGUAGCGACAUGAACAUUCAGUUCACAGGCAACAGCUCUGAUGGACAUUGCUGCAGUCAGCAUGACAAUGGUACGCUCCCUGGGCCAUCUGUAGCAUCGUGUUGUGAUAUAAAACUGCACAUUUUAGAGUGGCCUUUUAUUGUAACCAUCCCUACACUAGGUUAGAUGUAUCAUAACAAAUUUGUGACCAAAAUUUGAGAGAGUGCAUGAAAUAAGUCUUAGAUCUCUAACUUAAACCUGUGAAAAAUGGGAGCAAAAACAAAAGUGUUGGAUUUAAAUUUUUGUCCAGUAUAUAUUUUUGUCAGAAAGCUGAAUUUGGCUUCGACUACUUUUACCAAAGAUCAUGUAUUUCACCUUAUUUUUGUACUAACCCAUCCCUGACACAGUCCUCUGGGAGACAAUCAGGGUGUUGGCAGAUGAAGAGUGAGCCUUGUAUAUUAAUAAUGUGCCUCACUGAUGAGGUACGGCUCGUAUAUUUUAAUGGCCUUAUUCGCCGUAUCAGUGCUGUUUCCAUAUUUAAUGCAAUAAGCUUUUGAGAUGCCUUUAUAUUUAAACAGCCUUUGCUCUUACAAUUGUUUACUGUGUGUAAAACACAUUGCAAAGCAAAAACCUAAAAUAUGUACAGUAAGAUGACACGAUUUUGUGGGUGUGCAAUAAAUAUCUUGAACCAGA